AUGGUUUCGUGUUUCUCCGUCGCUCCCAUACACAACGACAAGUACGACUAUUACAUCGACGAUUACAUCUCCGAUGACGACCCGAACCUCGACCCGGAUGUCCGUACGCUUCGCAAGGCGAAGCAAAGGCGCUACGAGGAGCGGCUCGCGAAGGAAGCGGCGAAAGCGGCUGAGGAAAGGGAGAGGAUACGGCAGAGAGUCGGGGGAGUGGUGGUGGUGGGUGUGGAUGUUAAUGAAAGCGGUCAGAAGGUCGUUGACUUCGCGAUUGAGAAUAUGGUGAAGCGAGGCGGCAAGCUUGUGCUCGUGCACGUCGCCACCAUCACUCCCCUCGUUCAGUCAGGCCCAGGCCGCAGCGACAAGAGAGAGGUGAAGAGCAGGGAGCGCGCGUGGUGGGGGGGAUACAACCUGCACAUGUCACACGAGGUUGCUCGCUUGCUGAAACCACACCGGCGACACUGCAGAGCUGCUGGGAUGGAAGUGGAAGUGCGGAUAGUGCGAGGCAAGUCAGUGACACACACGCUCUUCAAGAUGGCAUUGGGAUCGACUCAAGAUAUUUAUUUCCCCUCCUUCCACCCCGCUUCCCUUCAGAUGGAAGUGGAGGUGCGUAUAGUGCGAGGCAAGUCAGUGCCCCACGCGCUCUUGAAAGAGGCUGCUCCUUCCCCCUCUCUCUUGUUUCCCCUCCCUCCCCCUUCCCUCAGAUGGAAGUGGAGUGGAGGUGCGUAUAGUGCGAGGCAAGUCAGUGCCCCACGCGCUCUUGAAAGAGGCUGCUCCUUCCCCCUCUCUCUUGUUUCCCCUCCCUCCCCCUUCCCUCAGAUGGAAGUGGAGAUGGAGGUGGAGGUGCGUAUAGUGCGAGGCAAAUCAGUGCCGCACACGCUCUUAAAAGAGGCUGCUGCGCUCUCUGCAACCACGCUGCUGCUGGGGGGGCAGGGGCGGAAGGGCAAGGGCAAGGAGAACGCGCAGGGAGAAGGGGAGGGUGCACGGGAGGAGAGGCGGAGGGGGGAGGCUGCAGCAGCAGGCGCAGCAGCAGCAGGGGUGGCAGGGAUGAGUGUGGUUGGUGGGAUGCAGGUCGGCAAGUCAAGGAACUCUGGUGGGAGCAGCGUUUCAAGUUAUUGCGCCCGGCGACCCCCUAUGGGUGGACUGUGUGGUGCUGGUGGUGGAUCCCUCCUCCUCACGUGUGGCAAUUGGGCCCCUGCACUGCACACUACUGCACGCUACUGCACGCGCCGCCCUCCUCUGGGCUGUGUGGUGCUGGUGGUGGACCCCUCCUCCUCAUCCUCCCGCCCUGUCAUCAUCCAACACAGCAAGUUAUUGCGCCCGGCGUCCCCCUUUAGGCUGCGUGGUGCUGGUGCUGGAUCCUUCCUCCUCGCGAGUCGUGCUGCAGUCUGGGAACAUCGACUUCCGCUACCCCAACCACCCCAUCCGCCCCUUGUAUCCGGCUCUCCCUUCCCCCCCGCACAGACCACACCAGCAGGCACUCUGGGUCUGGCAGCAGCACUGCGAGCUACUGCAAUCGGGUCCCAACACAGCAAGCUACUGUGCCCGGCGCCCCCCACUAGGCUGUGUGGUUCUGGUGGUGGACCCCUCUUCCUCACGUGUCGUGCUGCACCAGCACGGGAUGGUGGUGGCGUUCAGAGGAGAGGGGUGGAAGGGGAGGGAGAAGGGGAGGUUCGUGCUAAGGGGGUGGGGAUGGGGGUGGGGACAGGGGUAGGGAUGGGGGUGGGAACAGGGGCGGGGUGGAGGGUGGGUUGUGCUGAUGAUGGGUCGAGUGUGCAGAGCCACAAGAGUAGUCUGCAUGGGGUGAAGGAGGAGGAGGAAGAAGAGGAGGAAGAAGAGGAGGAGGACAAAGAGGGGGAUGAGGAGGAAGAAGAAGGGCGUGAACGAGUGGGGAGAAGGGUGGUGGGGGAGGAGGGUUGUGAGGAGGUAGAUGAAGGGGAGGGGGAGCAGAGGGAAGGGGAGGAGGAGGACGAGGAGGGAGAGGGGGAGGAGGAGGGGGAGGAGGAGGGGGAGGAGGAGGGAGAGGAGGAGGAAGAUGGAGAUCUAGCAAAUAUCAACAUCGAGCACAGCAGGAGGAUACAGAGGCAGAUGCACAGGCAGAGGGUGGGAGGAGGGGCGUCGAGGUUGGGAGAGGGGCAAAGAGAGGAGGAGGGGCAAAGGGAAGGGGAGUCGAGGAGUGAUCUUGGGCGCGGAGACGAACAGACGGAACGGCAGGAGGAGGAUGAGGAGGAGGCGGACGAGGAGGAGGAGGAUGAGCAGCAAGAGUAUGAGGAGCAGGAGUCUGGUGAAGGGCAAGAGCAGGGGGGAUUAGGGAUAGAGCAGCAGCGGAGAAUAGAUACUAGUAUGCCCAGGCGAUUAGAAGAUACACACCAGGCAGCCACUCCAGCCGGGUCAGCAGUAUCAGACUCUCACACCACAGUAGUAGGAGGCUCGGAUGCCAAGCCGCCCGCCUCUCUCCACACGUCUGUCUUCGGGGAGUCAAGUGUCCCUCUGGCGGGGCAAGCACAGCAGCAGGCAGAGGGGGCGCAAGGGGUUGUGCAAGGGGGUGGGGGAAGGCGUGCUGCUGCUGGAGCUUAUAACGAGUCGCAGGCCUGUGAAUCCGAGGAGGAGCAAGGAGGAGAUGGACCUGGUGCUGUGGGUGAGUUGGAGGGGUGGGGAGGGAUGAUGGGGUGUGAGGCGGGACUGUAUAUGUUAGUAGAUCCGCGUAUGGAGGGCUCAGUGGACCUGCCCUCUCUCCACCGCAUAGCUGUUGCUGCCCUGCUCUGCGCAAGAGCCAACUCACAUAUGCUCUCUCGUUCUUCCCCCUUUCUCUGGCCUCCCCUCGUCUUUCAGGCCCUCCCUCUGCUGGGAUCCGGUAAACUGCACCUGCUGCUGGAUCCGCGAGUGGAGGGUGCAGUGGAUCUGCCCUCGCUGCACCGCAUGGCUGCUGCUGCUCUGCUCUGCCUGCGCCACACGCCCGCUCUGCGCCCCUCCAUGCACCAAGUGGCCCUGCUGCUGGAAGGGCACUUUCUGGAUUACCAGAAGGUGGGUUUCCUGCCCAUUGCUGCUAGCUGGGGCUUGUUAAUAGGGUCGCUCUGCUGCUGCUCUGCUCCGCCUGCGCCACACGCCCGCUCUGCGCCCCUCCAUGCACCAAGCUGCUCUGCUUCUGGAAGGGCAUUUGCUGGAUUACCAGCAGAUGGGUGCCUUGCCUUUGUGCUGCCUGGUGCGCUCUGCUGUUAG